UCCGAUGGGUCUUCCAGCCGGAGACGAAGAAGCCGGAUCAGGUUCGCCGGUCGUCCCUCUCAAACAAUCUGUUUUCCGCUACAAUUCUCCUCUGGUGCAGGUUGUUCUGAUCGGACUGGUCUGCUUCUGCUGCCCCGGCAUGUUUAACGCCCUCUCCGGCAUGGGCGGCGGCGGCCAGGUGGAUCCAACCGCCGCAAACAACGCCAACACCGCCCUCUACACAACCUUCGCCGUCUUCGGCGUUCUCGGCGGAGGCAUCUACAACAUCCUCGGCCCCCAGCUGACGUUGCUCGCCGGCUGCUCGACUUACGUUCUCUACGCCGGCUCCUUUCUCUACUACAACCACUACCACCACCAGGCCUUCGCCAUUGUCGCCGGCGCCUUGCUCGGAAUUGGCGCCGGCCUGCUGUGGGCGUCGCAGGGUGCGAUUAUGACGUCGUAUCCGCCGCACGAUCGGAAGGGGACUUACAUUUCCCUCUUCUGGAGCAUCUUCAACUUGGGAGGUGUAAUCGGCGGUUUGAUCCCUUUCAUCCUGAAUUUCCAUAGGGCUGAAGCUGCUUCCGUCAACGACGGCACUUACAUCGGAUUCAUGGUGUUUAUGUCCGCCGGAACUCUCCUGUCGCUGUCGAUUCUGCACCCGAGCCGCGUGGUGCGCGACGACGGCUCCCGCUGCACCAACAUCAAGUACUCGAGCGUGCGCGUCGAGGUUGUCGCGAUCCUGAGGUUGUUCUUCGAUUGGAAGAUGUUGCUAAUGGUGCCCGCCUCGUGGGCGAGCAACUUCUUCUACAGCUACCAGUUCAACAACGUCAACGGGGUGCUGUUCAACAUCAGGACGAGGGGUUUGAACAAUAUAUUCUACUGGGGUGCGCAGAUGAUCGGGUCUGUGAUCAUCGGGUACAUCAUGGAUUUCAGUUUCAAGAGCAGGAGGGCUAGAGGAUUGGUAGGGAUCUCAAUUGUAGCUGUGCUCGGGACGGGCAUCUGGGCCGGAGGGCUUGUGAAGCAGCUUGAUUACGGACGGAAAGAUCUGCCAUUGGAGAAGCUCGAUUUCAAAGAUGGGGGUGAUUUUGCAGGGGCAUUUGUGCUGUACUUCAGCUACGGUUUGCUGGAUGCGAUGUUUCAGAGUAUGGUGUAUUGGGUUAUCGGAGCUUUGGCUGAUGAUUCGGAGAUUCUUAGCAGGUACACAGGGUUCUACAAAGGGGUGCAAAGUGCAGGGGCUGCAGUGGCUUGGCAAGUAGACACAAGAAAUGUGCCAUUUUUGAGUGAACUAAUUACGAACUGGGCGCUUAUGACGGUGAGUUUUCCAUUGCUGGCAUUGCUAGUCCAUCGAGCAGUGAAGGAUGAUGAUGAUGAUGAUUUACGCAAGGAGGGCAGAGGGAUCCCAGUUGCCGGCGCGAUGCACUGACUGAUCUGAUCGGAUUAAUGGGAUUCAGUCGAAUAUGGAUCCGAUGUAGAAGAAGACAGGCAGACAGAAAGAAAACUGGUAUGAUGUGAUUUUAAAGUCUCAAUUUGGAAUUUUGCAAUUGUGUCAUAUUAUUAGUAUUAUGAUUGUUAUAUAUUUGAGGUCAAGCAGCAAUGUUCAUAUAAGCAAAGGUGCAAGGAAGCAAUCCAUGAGUAGUAUGGUAUUGUGUGUUAUUCUAUCUGCACUUGUUCUUGUAUGAAUUUGGUUGUGAAAAUUGAAAUGUUUUGAGGGAAAGGCUGGGGUUAUAAUGUAUAAUGUAUAUAUGUAUCUAUGUGGAAUAAUAAUAAUUACUCCAUGAUCAUAAAGAUA